GCAGGAGCUAAACCAGGACCUUACAGGUAAGUAAUGAUCAUUUGUAACUGAUACGGAACUUUUCGGACCACCUGUAGCUUGUUUAUUGACGAAGCAGGACAACCACCAAGAAGUGCGUUACAAUAGUCCAGUCUAGAGGUCAUGAAUGCAUAAGCUUUUCUGCAUCAGAAACAGGUAACAUGUUUUGUAGCUUGGCAAUGUUUCUAAGAUGGAAGAAUGCAAUUUUUGUAACAUGGGAAAUAUGGUUUUCAAAAGACAAAUUGCUGUCUAAUAUAACACCCAGAUUUUUGACUGCAGAGGAAGUAACAGUGCAUCCGUCUAGUUGCAAACUGUAGUCUACUAGAUUCUGUGUUUUUUGUCCAAUAAUUAAUAUCUCUGUCUUAUCCGAAUUUAAUAGGAGAAAAUUAUUGGUCAUCCAAUCUUUUACACUUUUAACACACUCUGUUAUCUUAGAAACUUCAGGAUGAGCUUCAAAAAACCAAACAAUCCAAGAUCAUGGCAAAUCAUCAACAAUCAAAUUCAGGUAACUGAGUUAGUAAACAUCAUCAAUAAGGCGAAUACAGAAUCUGUCCUUUAAAUAUCACUGUCUUACUAAACGCAAUCCUUCUAAAAAUAACUGGGGUCAGUGGAGAAAGGGUGUGACAUCACGUGAAAACCAUUCAUGAGAUAGAUCAAUGUUUUAUCUGUAAUUUUGUAUUUCUUUUUCUUUGUGUUCACCCCCGGCUACUGUAAAAUGUUUAAUUUGAGUGAAAUAAUAAAAAAAAAAAAUGUUUUAUUUAUGUAUUCUUAUGUAUAAGAAUACAUAUAUAAUAAGAAUCCUAUAUUAUUUCUCUAACCAUAAGGUCAUCCAAUGUUGUAUUUAAUUGUUUAAAGUGAAUUGUUUAUGCUUGCAAAAAAAGAAAAGAAAAGCGAUAGAUCAGUGGGAGGGGCGUUUAAAGUCACGUGUCUAACGCAGGAACGCAGUUUGAGCUCCCAAGAUGCAUUGCACGCUCAACUUUAAAUUGUUAUUAUUAUAUUAAGUACUUAUAUGCAUCUUAAAUAUAUAUUAUGAUACAUUUAUUCAUUUAUUUGUUAAUUGAUUGGGCUAACUUUAUUUGUAGUGGUCGCUGUGUGGUCACCGUCAUUGAGGUUUGUGUCUCCACUAAUCUGUAACUGAACCCGGAUCAACUGUAAAGUUGUACACUCAUGUUUCACCUCAGAUCGUAUAAAUCUUUCGCCUUUUACUAAAGAUUUCCGUGGGGAGGAACACAAUGAGUAUAAAAUAAUUUUUUGAUGCCCUGCUUUUAGCGGGGCUUCUCGAAUAGUGAAAAUAAGAUAGAAACGUUAAACUUCACUGUAAAGUACUUGUCCAAAGCUGUUUAUGCAUUUAUGUACGUGUAUUAUACAUAUAUGCAAGAUCAAUGUAAAUAAACGCGUAAACUCAUUUGUGUUAGAUGAUAUUUUAAUAAUGUGUUUCGAUGUAAUAUCUGAUGUAAGUGUACUGUACGUGAGCCGCGCUAACAUGUUCAUGGUGUUACUUAAUUAUUACACUCAUGUUUCUUUACAGAUCGUAAACAGUUUUUUUAUGUUUUAUUUUCAAAGUGCUGUUAUUUUCCUGUGUGUCCGCGGGUUACAAUGACUUAAAUAAUGCUUUCCUAAUAUAAGGCUUUAAAAUGUCUUAAACUCGGAAACGAUGGAUCUUACAUAUUUUUCGUCACAUUACCGCUUAAAGCAUUUGCAGUCGGACGGAGAUAAUGACUGUUUACUAUCAUUGGACAGACCAAAGAUUGUUUUCUUCCCCUUGGUAAGUUACUGCGUCAUCAGAACUGCUGUAUUAUAUCUGAAAACAAAAGACAAGGACGAGCUGAGGCUCACUCUUUAGCCCCUUUCACACUGCCAUUCUGGCAAAUACAUGGGUAAAGUGUUCCGGCAAUUGUUCCCGGGUCGCUAGAUUGUGCACUUUCACACUGCCAGUGAUUACCCAGGAUAUGUGCGUGCUUUCACACACAACCCGUAAAGAUCCCGUAACGACACGUGACAUCAGGGCGUGAUGUGUAAUGUAAGUGUCGAAAACAUUAGGCAAGGUAUACUUUCACUGAAGCAAACGAACGAUCUCUGCGUCAGCGCGGAAAGUGAGGAACUAACUGAUCUCUGCUUCAUUACAGUUUGCACCUAUUUUUUUCGUGGCGAACGUUGAUCUUCCUUCAAAACAGCCGGUAAAAGAGUCGCGCAAUAACGCGCGUCAUCACUUCGACACUGCAUUAGAUCUGGCUUUUGUUCACACAGCGCUCCUCCCGGGUCGACCCCCUCAAUGUUACUAGGUCCUCGACCCGGGUUCAAUGCGGGAAUCAAUCCCGGGACGUGGUUGCUUUCACACAGAAGGCUACGUGCAGUGUGAAAGGGGCUUUUGUGAGAGACUUCAGAACAAAUGAGCUAAACAACACACAUAAACUCAGAAACACACUGAGGUAAAAAUUCUAAAUGUUUAGUUUAUUCAUUACAUGAUAUGACUUAAUUAAGUAAGACCAUGACAAGAGCUAUUUUGAUCAGUAUUCUCACGACGCAAAAACAAACAAACUAACAAAAAAACCUUCAAAACACCUACAUAGUACACGCAUUACAUAGUCUGGUUUGCGUGCUCUUUUAGGGUGUACUCACACUAGGCAUGGUUGCCUUGAACCGAGCCCGAGCACAAUUAUCAUAGACAGUAAAAUAAAUGGGCACAGUGCCCCCACUGGAUUCAACGGAGACAAGUGAAGUCAAUUAGAAGCACACACUUCCUGGGGGUCGAGCGUACUGUGCAGACUCAAACUGAGCUUGAUGACGUAGAUGUCAAGUGAGCAACCUGUCUGACAGUUGUAAGUCUUCUAAUCGCUUUGCCAAGAGAAAUCUGAAUCACCCACCGAAUCUUGCAGAGAAGGUGAGCAUGAACAGGAGCAAAUUUUGGUAAGUAUUCUGAUUAAUGAUCUUCCUUUACUUUUAUGCCUCUGCGUCCCCCUGAUUGCCUCAUAGACAGUAAAAGAUUGCCUGCGAGCUUCUCCUGGCCAUACGGUAAUUUCUGGACUGUGCGACAGAGAGUCGCAGGUUAUGACGCAAUCGUUAGCCUAUUUUUUUUUUUUUUUUUUACAAAAACUGCUUCUAAGGGACCAUAACGAAAGAUACAAGGUAAUGGAGCCUUUUAUACAUUUUCGUGUUUCUUUAGAAAUAAGUAAUGGAUAAAUGGAGUCAUUAAACGCCUCAGAUGUAAAGUUAUUCCCUGUCAAAGUGACGCAAAAAUGAAUAGGAGUCAAUGGAAUGCUAACAGCAGGUGGCGGCGCCCAGGGCUGCUUCAAGAAAAUAUGAAACCCUGCCUCCCUGACGAUUAUCCCCCCUUCACCGUAGUGAUGUCCAGUUCAUGUCCCCUCACGGACGACUGCCGCGCACAAACAAAUUUAAAACACAACUAAAAUCCAGGUCGUCGCUCUUGUUUUAUAUCCUUCCCUCUCCUCCGUGGGACUCGAGACCAGUGGGUCAAGCAGGUGUCACUCAGAGAGGAGAAAAAAAAUUCUGCUGGGUGAUCUCCUCCGUAGUGCCUUGCAGUGGCACUGAACGGCCCUCGGUGGACGGCACGACACUCCUCCACCACCCGGUGGACCGCGACGGCUCUUCCGGUUUUGGGCAGCCGGCAGGAGUCCCCCGUUCCCUGCUCCCCCCCUUUCCAUCAGGGAUGGCAGCAGGCUCCGGGCCCCUUGCGAACGCCGCCGACUCCUACGCUCCCUCCUCCUUUUUCAGACAAGAAAACCACUUCACGGAAAAGAACUGAACUUCCCAUCACUACUCCCGCUGGACUGCUCUCACUUGCACUAAACUUUCGAGAAAGAUAUAGCCUGGAGAUUUCCAAAUAGGGACGGGAACUCCAAAACGGGGUGGGAGCUCCAAAAUAAGGCGUGGCUUCCUACCAUUGAGAGACAAGCGCAUGACACAAAUGCACAAUUUUUCCCCCAAUCCACUUCAGUGCAAAAAUGUUCAUGGUUGUGUCAGUUAAAGUGUUUCCUAUACUAUGCAACAAAAAAUGCUAACCCCUACCCCACACCUUACCUUAACCAUUGAAAUUGAAUGGCGGGAUUGGCGCUGAAUAGUGUGGUAAAGAAAGUUGCAGUUCAGGAGAUAUGAGACUUUUUAGUUACACCCAGCAUCACUACCCCCUCCUAGCCUGCGAUUUUCCUGCCCCGGGAUGGCCCCGUUGCUUGGAAUAAAACGAUAAGAGUAAAAUCUUUUCCCCUCCACUGGGACGGCUCCUGAAUGAUUCCCGUUUACAUCAUGAAGCAGAGGUUCAAACUUGGGUCCAAACACCACUGGCCAUGAGCCUUGGGCUCUGCUCUCAUGGAGAAUAUUUAUCUAUAUAGCAUAUUUUAUUUUAGUUGAACUAGAAACAAUGUUUAAUUUACAACAAGGUAUAAACAUACCUGUCAAUAAAGCUCAUUCUGAUUCUGAUGAACAGAUUUACGCUCACUUUUAGGGGAAAACAAACCGGCAUACAGUAUUGGAUAAUGUUUGUAAAACCCCAAAUUUGAAACUAAUGGCUACCUGCCAUCAUCAUCAGUAUCUUGCUGUUAUGGAAAUAUCAUGAAUUACGUAUGAUGCUAAUUGAAAGCUAAACCAGGCUAGUUGUAUGGCUGGACUGAAAAGUGCAUUCAGUACUGCAUACAGUACUAAAUAUAAAGACAUAAUAUAUAUAUUUAAAGAUGUUUACUUUCAAAUAUGAAGUAAAAUAAUUUACUUACCUGGUGACUCGAUGAGGUACGAGUAAAUGUCUAGGUAAGACUCUGGCCACUGGGUGUUACACCAAUUUGACACUUUGAGAAUGAAGUGACGUGUUUUUAAAUUCACCAAAUUAAGUUUAUGGAUGUAUCUUCCAUGCUCUGUGGCAGGCAGGGUGGACAUAUAAUGUACAUGUUUAGUUUUAUGGAUUUCUUAAGUUAUUCACGCCUGCCAGCUGUUUACGGAAGUUGCUUUUUGCCGCUAAUUUCAAUGGAAGUCUACGGGAAAUCUAGUAUAUUUUCCACUAAAAAGGGGCAGUAAUGAAAUUGACAGAUACUUUCCUGGAUGUGCCCGUUGUGCAUAUCAAAAAUAGGCAAAAAAAGCUAGUUGCAAAAGCCACGCCCACAUAGCGGCAAUCCACCUGUCACUCUACUGGCUACGCCCUUAAUUAUGCAGAACUUUAAGACUUAAUAUAAUUAAAAAGGAUGAGUUAUAAAAAAAAAAAUUCAACCCCCUACACAGUUGUCAUGAAGGGAAAAAUUAGCUAAAUAGAUCAAAAUAAUUUUUUGCUCCAGGCUGUAAAAAAAAUUCUGCUGUAAAUUUGGCCAUUUUAAAAUGAGGAGUCUAUGAGAUUGACUCCUUUUUGCAGCCAGACUCAAGCGGCCAGUCGAUGAAUUGCAGUUUCAGUCACUUCCUUGUUGGCAUCACUAGAGAGCAUGAGGUUGCCUCUCGAACCAGAGCCAUUAUGAACCUAAAUAUACUUGAUUGAAUUAAAUUUAUUGAAUAAAAUUUAUUGAAAAGUGUAGGGUAGUAGUUAUAGAACAUGUUUGGGGUUGUAAUGAUGACAGUAGUGCACACAAAAGCGGCAGCACACAAAAGGUCCAGCUGUGGCCUAAUGGUUAGAGAGUUGGACUUGUAACCAGAAGGUUGCAGGUUUGAGUCACGGUGCUGGCAGGAGUUGUGGUGGGGGAGAGUGAAUGAAAAGAGCUCUCUUUCACCCUCAAUACCCAUGGCUGAAGUGCCUUUAAACAAGGCAUUGAACCCCCAGUUGCUCCCCGGUCAUUGGAUCUAGCUGCCUGCUGCUCUGGGUGUGUGUGUACACAGUAUGUUCCCUAUUCAAUGCUGUGUGUGUGCACUUGGAUGCGUUAAAUGUAGAGCACAAAUUCAGAGUAUGAGUUACCAUACUUGACAAGUGUCACAACUUUAUUAAAUACUAUCUGUUCUGUGGUCCAGAAUAUAUUUUGUAUUUUAUACUGCAUGUGUACUGCGCCCAACCAGGCCAGGGCCGGCUAAACGAACCGGGCCCCGAGCUUAACUUAACUUCACAAAGAGUGGAUUGAAGCUGGAGUCAGCACAUCAAGAGUCACCACACUUGAAACAUCUUUAGGAAAGGGGCUACAGCUUUCACACUGCUAGAACCAAGUCACUGCUGAACCAGAAAAAACAUCAUUAGCAUUUCACCUGGGGUAAGGAGAAAGAACUGGACUGUUGCUCAGAGGUCCACAGUCGUCUUUUCAGAUGAAAAUAAAUUUUGUAUUUCAUUUGGAAAUCAAGGUCUGGAGUCUGGAGGAGGACUGGAGAGGCACAUAAUCCAAAGUCCAGUGUGAAGUUUCUGUAGUCAGUGAUUAUUUGGGGAGCCGUGAGGUCUGCUGGUGUUGGUCCAUUGUGUUUUAUCAAGUCCAAAGUCAAUGCAGCCAUCUACCAGGAGAUUUUGGAGCACUUUAAGCUUCCAUCUGCUGACAAGCUUUAUGGAGAUGCUGAUUUCAUUUUGCAGCAGGACUUUAGCACCUGCCCACAGCGCCAAAACCACGUCCAAGUGGUUUGCUGACCAUGAUAUUACUGUGCUUGCUUAACCAGCCAACUCACCUGACCUGAACCUCACAGAAAGUCUAUGGGGUAUUGUGAAGAGGAAGAUAAGUGACCUCUGACAAACGAUACAGAGGAGCUGAAGGCCGCUACCAAAGCAACCUGGGCUUAAAUAAUGCCUCAGCAGUGGCACACUUCCACGCCACGCAGCACUGAAGCAGUAGGCCAUGUAAGCUAUUACAAAUCUGAGUUGAUGCACACUUAUUUAUCUGGAAGUCUUUUAAUGUUCCUUCUGUCUUCUCUUCUUCCUGUUGCUUUAGACCUGAAAAUAACAAAUGUCUUCGAAAAGGCUUUCUUGCAUUGCUCAGGCCCUCAACUGCUAAAAUUGUAAAGAUUCUUUUGGAGAACCUAUGACCUAUUCCUCCACAUUUAUGAAAAUGAGUGCUUUAAAGCAGUAUGAAUGUGGCCUAGGGUGUGUCUAAUAGGGUAAUAUUGUCUGAUAAAGAUUUAUCAGAGCUGGCAGUGAAUGUUGGACAGAGGUGAGCUCCCUGACACGAGUAUGUGUCAGAACAGGAAAUCGGCACACUUAAAAAAAAACACAGGUGACAUGUCUAAUUUUGUCAGUUUUAAAACAUAAGCAGUUGAAGGUUAAAUCAUCACAUCAUUUGAAGAUGCAGAAGAUACAUUAUUAAAAAUGUUUUAUUCAAAGUUGAGAGUAUUGGGGAAUGUUUUUCAGGAAAAUAUUUCUAAUUAAAAAUGUAAUGCUUAAUUCAAUGUUAGUUGUUUCUUUGUAAUUAUUUGUGAAAUUUACUAGCAAUUUCUGUCUAAAAAAACAGUUUCAAAGGAAGUUUUUUUUUUUCUUUUCAGUGUAUAUCUUCAUGUUUCAACAGAUUAUUUUAAAUGUCUUUUAAGCUUGAUUAUGUCUUUGAAGGGACUGCUACUAAGAACAGAAACGGGUGAAGGGUUCAAAUCAAAAACAUAUUUUUAAAAACUUUAUAUCUUAUGAACACAAUUCUAACUAAAACACUUAAUCCAGUGAUUGUUAUACUGUAUAAAUUCAAAUAGCACAGUGUUCAUGUGUGUGUGUGUGUGUCUGUGUGUGUGUGUAAUUUGCAAGGUAACCAUGACAUUGAAUUUGGGUUGGAGCUACAGGUCAUAACACUUCCCCCAGUGGGAGGUGCAUGACAGCUAUUGAAGGAGAGGUGGAGCUCCAUGAGGUAAAAAAAAAAAAAAAUCAGCAAAAAGGGUGACUACAUAGUAGUAGAAGAAGAAGAAGCAUAGCAGACAAAUAGAAAAGAGAGGAGCGCAUGAAUGAAAAAGACAUGAGUACAGAAGGAAAUCAGAGUACAGGAGGAGGAGGAGUGGUGGACACAAAACCUGGCCAGUCUGGGUGGAAGCAAUUCCAGUGCCCCAUAGCUGAUCCGCACUUUCCUAGGGAAGAUAUAAAGAAGAUAUGGAAGGAGUGUCAGUACGAGAGCUUCUGGUAUCGAGCUGUUCUACUCUCUGCUGGCAGCAUGGCUGUGACUGGCGGCCUCAUUUACAGCGGAGUCUGGAAAAAGUCCAAGCGAUUUGGGUAUUUCCCUAAACUGCUUUUGGCGGGAAUUGUGGGUUACGCAGUAGGCAAAGCUUCUUAUUUUGGGACCUGCAGAGAGAAGUUCAACAAUAAACUGGGACCAGAGUUCGCCAGAGGGUUUGGUCCUCCUGGAUUUAGAGCUGGUGGCUUUAAACCUGGACAUAAACACUGCAUCCAUGUGUGUGAAAAGUGCAAGCAAGAAGAAGCACAGAGCACAGCAACAGUGUCUGAUGCACCCACUCAGAGCUGAGAGUCUUUGGAAUUCGCAGGACACCGCUCAUUACGCCAUGUCAUUUUUUUUAAAAAUAAAAAAUAAAUAAAGUAUAACAGAAAUAUUUAGCCCUUUUGAAAAUAAUGCAAAACAAAGCAGCUAAAAUCUUGAAUGGAGCUCAAGCCUUACUAACCAGCAGGGGGCGCCAAGACCAAGAAAUUGUUUUUUUUACAAUUUAUUGACUUGAACUAUAGGUCUGUCAAAUAGAAUAAAUAUUUUAACACUAAGACAUGUAGAGUUUAUACAUGACGUGGAUAUGAACAACGUAACUAAGUAAUGUAUGCUGUUGUAGUCAAAUAAAUCCACCGAAUAUGAUUCUCUUUUUUAAGUUCUUAUAACGUUACAUUCCAAUGAUAUUUGCUCAGCUUUUCUUUUGUUUAUAAUGUAGAGAAGGGAGUGGAGGUUUCUGUUCAAUUUUAUGAUAGUAAGCAGCUGCCUUUUAUCAGAGCAGAAUCAUAAUAUUGUACUGCAAAACGAACUCAUGAAAAUCGGACACUUAAAAAAAAAAAAAUAUAUAUAUAUAAAAUUACCUUUACAAACAAGAAUUUUUGAAUUUUCAUUUAAAUCAUUUGAAGAGCAAGCAUAUCUUUAUCUCUUAUCUCCAGCUCAGAGGACUGUAAUAACUGUAACAUCAGUGAAUAAAGUCAAUAUUAUAAACAUGGGUCCAAGUCUAAA